AUGGCACGACUCGAUCAAACAAAGGAAGCCACUGCAGCUAACACCACCACUACUACCACUACGACGUCGUCUGAUAAACGUGCAAAGAAGCCAAUAAUGACCGGGGCAGCAGCUCGGAGAUUCGUCGGAGUCAGGCAAAGGCCAUCUGGGAGAUGGGUGGCAGAGAUCAAGGACUCCACUCAACGAGUCCGGCUCUGGCUUGGCACAUACGACACACCAGAAGAAGCAGCCAGGGCUUACGACGAAGCUGCUCGAGCCUUGCGAGGGGAAAAUGCUCGCACCAACUUUGCACCUGUCAACCAGUCUACCUCAUCAACAUCCAACGGCAGCUUGGUGAUGUCGUCCGGAUCCGACUGUCGACACGGGCUUAGCUUCUCUUCGUUGAGAGCUAGACUGAGUAAGAACCUGCAGAACAUCAUGGCGAGGAGUACAGAAAGCAAGACGACGAAGAGUCGAGUCAGUGACCACUUUACUUUCGCGAGUAUUUUCCAUUUCAGAGGGUACCAGAACCAGAGCCCUCGGCCAGUUGAUGUAAAGGGGAUGGAAAAGGUUGUGCAGCCGAGCAUCAUCGUGCCGCAUGCUGGUGGAGAGCCGCAGGAGUUGUGUUCUUGGGACAGUUCGGAUAGUAGCAACGAAUGCAUCGGGUUAAGGCAACAUGGGUUUGAUUCAGAGGGAUCGGAUAUAGGGGAAUUGAAUACUCUGGUGGGUGACCAUCAUCAUCACCAUAAUCAUUUUCAUCAUCAUGAAUGUAUGAUGGGUUGGAUGGUUGGGGCAGAGAUAAUGAGUGAGAAGUAUGUGGAAGGUUCGAGGAGUAAGAGAUUUAAGGUUUCAUCUUCUGUUGUAGUGCCUCCGACCUUCAGUGCCUCUCCGUUUUAG